AAGAUUUCCCAUUUCUCUCCUCGAAUUCUACAGAUACCUCUGUCUCUUUCUCUCCACAUUUCUUCUACCAUCUACUCAUUUUUCAUGCUUCGCUAGCGAUUUUCAAUAGUCUUAUCUCUUUAUCUUUUUGUCUUUCACGCUUCCCAACUCGCCUUCAAUUCCUCCCUACAAUCCCAGGAAUUGAAUUUCCCAAAAACUUUGGUUUAUUUCAUAAUCACUUGCUUUCUGUCUCUUUUUAUUAAUUUCCCUCAUUUUCUUUCCAAUUUUUAUGAAUUCCGUGGAUUUGAGAUUUCCAUAGUUCAAUAUUUUCUAAAGGGUAUACUGUGAAGUUGAAUUCCUGGGAAGUAUUGUACAGGCACGUUGUAGAUCCUCUGUUUCUGCUACUUCGCUUGUCUUUGAUGUUGUCGUUAAUUGGAAAAAGAAUUGAGAAAAAUUUAGCGUAUCUUUAGGAGAUUCUCAGCUAAAUUGUUUAUACCUAAUUCUCUAAUUCCCACAAAAACAAGACACAGAUUGAUUAACACUUCACGUUUGUGUCGCGUAUGUAUAGAGAUUAGGGUAAUUUCUCCUUUGGGAAUUUUAAUAUCUUAUCGUAUUGCCUAGAAGAUGGGGCAAAAAGGUUGUUUGCGUUGUUAAGUUGGUGUUAUCUGAUAGAUAGAUUGUUGUUUUUCUUUUGUUCUAGCUAGGAGAGGAAAUCAUUUUGAUUUCUAUUCUGAUUAUUCAUUUAUAUUGUUUACUCUUUCCUGGUCAACGUUCGAAGUGAACAGAGACAAAAGCAAAGUAAAGAAGACUAAAAGGGGGAAACAAAUAAAAAAAAGUUUUACACUCAUGAAUAGCAAUUAUGCAUUGUAGCCCUUUCUGCUUGAGUAGCACACAAGGAGGGAGGCGUGCCAACUAAUCUUUUACACUAUUUAUACGUGAUAAUAGUCCGCUCGGUGGGGGUUGUUGAGACUGGCCUAACUCGUUUCUUAACCUUAAAAGCAAAAGCCAUCGCUCUCUUCACCACUUUAUGCUAAAAGUUGUCAUAUUUUGGGGGUUAUCUGGAGGCUUUUUGGCAGGGGGUCAAGGACAAUUGAGUUAAACUAGAGCUUAUCCCUCUUUCUGCGAGGGAGAUUCUUGGUUGAUUUUUGUGUUGAAGGAAAAAAAAAACUGAGAUGGGUUCCUUUGGAAAGCUAGCUAGGAGGGCUUUGGAGACGGAGAUGCCGGUCAUGGUUCAGAUACAGGAAGUGAUCCGAGGAGCGAAAAAUGCCAUGUCUUUGGCCCAGGGGGUCGUUUAUUGGCAACCACCCAAACAGGCGCUAGAAAAGGUGAAAGAACUUGUAUGGGAGCCUUCAAUUAGUCGUUAUGGUGCUGAUGAGGGUAUCCCUGAACUCAGGGAGGCAUUGACCCUGAAGUUGCAAAAGGAAAAUAAAUUGGUGAAAUCUUCAGUUAUGGUUACUGCUGGUGCAAAUCAGGCAUUUGUUAAUCUUGUUCUUGCAUUAUGUGAUGCUGGGGAUUCUGUAGUCAUGUUUGCCCCAUACUAUUUCAAUGCAUACAUGUCCUUCCAGAUGACAGGCGUCACUAAUAUUUUAGUGGGUCCUGGUAACCGGAAGACACUUCAUCCAGAUGCAGACUGGUUGGAAAGGACACUAUCAGAAACUAGACCAGUUCCAAAAGUUGUGACUGUUGUUAACCCUGGUAACCCAACAGGGACAUACAUUCCAGAGCCUCUCCUCAAGAGGAUUUCAGAUCUAUGCAGAAAAGCUGGAUCCUGGCUUAUUGUAGAUAAUACAUACGAGUAUUUUAUGUAUGAUGGUUUAAAACAUUCCUGCGUAGAAGGUGAUCAUAUUGUCAACAUCUUUUCCUUCUCAAAAGCAUAUGGGAUGAUGGGAUGGCGAGUUGGAUAUAUAGCAUAUCCAUCAGAAGUAGAGGGCUUUGCAACUCAGCUCCUCAAGAUUCAGGACAAUAUACCAAUCUGUGCCUCAUUACUUUCACAACACCUGGCCCUCUACUCCUUAGAAAUGGGACCUGAAUGGGUCACCGAGCGAGUGAAAGAUCUCGUGAGGAACAGAGAAAUCCUUCUGGAAGCUCUCUCCCCUUUAGGAGAAGAUGCUGUGAAAGGUGGAGAAGGUGCAAUUUACCUAUGGGCAAAGCUUCCUGACAAAUAUUUGGACGACUUUAGAGUUGUUCAGUGGCUUGCUACAAGACAUGGGGUGGUUGUGAUUCCGGGAGGUGCUUGUGGAUGCGCAGGGCAUAUUAGGAUCUCCUUUGGAGGCUUGAUAGAGUCUGAUUGUAAAGUUGCUGCAGAGAGGCUGAGGAGAGGGUUAGAAGAGCUAGUGAACCAUGGAAUAAUGGAGUAAACGUCCUACAGCCCUUUCAAUAUUGAAAUGGGAAAUCCAUUUACCAGCCCUGUUCAGGUUAACAGCUGGUGCGUUCCAAUAAAUGCAUUGUUCAGUGAAUGUUUAGGGCAUUUACCUGGCAUUUGUCCCAAGUAGAAUAAUAGUUGAUUAAAUGUACAUUGUUAAGCUAUUUCCUGAAGUUGCUUUUCUGACAUAGUAUUUACGUUCAAUACCUAA